AACUUGAACAAAACCUUCCACUUCUGGUUAGGUCUUUGAGACCAAGCAGGCUGCCACUCGCCAAAGGACCCGCCAUCGAACACUGCUAGGAGAACAGCAGACUUGACUAUGGACUUUCCUACCUUCAUAACGCACAUCAACGACGCGCUUGCACAUGAGAACGGCAUCGGGCUUGCCUAUUUGCUCAGGCCGACCAGCCCUCAUGGCAAAGAGUUGGUCAAGCAAUACAGGAAUCCUACACGCGCGUCCCUCCGCCGUUACGAAAACUCAACAACGAGCCCAUGGGACGAGAUUGCCAUACUUUAUGUCCUAGUUUGUGGCCACAUAGCCAAGAGGCGGUCUCCGGAAGCUUUCAGAGAUCAUGUUCAGCUAGUAACAAACUUCCUGCGCUUCUUCCAAGAAAGCCAAGGGUGGACGUUGCAGGCCUUGUUCGCGAUACUCCGUGACCUUCGCGACCUUGCGAUUGACGCGGACGUACAAGCGCGCGCAGAAGGUGGCAAAGCCGACCAUAUGGAGGAGGCGGCGCGCGUCGUUAUGAAGGCCUUUACUGCAUGCGUCACUGAUAGAUCGUCUCCUCCAGACCGGUCAAGAAAAUGGGGCGUUUACUACGUCGCUGGCCUCGUGUUUAAGUGCUACUUCAGGCUCAAACGCAUAUCGCUCACCAAAAACAUCCUGCGGGCGCUAGAGGUGAACCAGGACAUACCGCCGUUAGAGCAUUAUCCGCGUGCGCAUCGGGUCACCUUCCGCUACUACCUUGGCAUGCUCAACUUUCUCAACGAGGAGUACGCAAAGGCCGAAGAACAGCUCACGCAAGCCUUCUACAACUGCCACACUGGGCAUCACGCAAACCAGGAACGAAUCCUCGCCUACCUUAUCCCCCUCCGCGUAUUGAAAGGUCACCUGCCCUCAAAAGAAUUGCUUGCCCGCUUCCCCGUACUGGAAGGCCUCUACCUACCGUUCAUCGACGCCAUUCGACACGGGGAUCUCGCUACCUUCGACCGCACGUUGGAGGAGAAUGAGCAUAAGUUGUUGGCGUUGAACCUCUACCUGACGGUCGAGCGCAGCCGCGAGCUGUGCAUGCGCGGCCUCUUCAGGAAAGCCUGGGUCGCCGCAGAACGGACCUCGCGCAUGCCGAUCUCCAUGUUCCAUGCUGCACUUCGAAUUUCUGGCAGCGACGUGCCCGUGGAGGAGGCGGAGUGCUUUGUAGCGAACAUGAUCUACAAAGGAUACAUGAAGGGGUAUAUCAGUCAUGGCAUGCAGAUGGUGGUCUUGUCCAAGGCAAAUGCAUUUCCGCGGUUGGUGGAGAGGCCAGCGCCGUACUCGGUUUUGUAGUCGUAUAUACACCUGAUGCUCGGUUACAAGUUCCAAGAUACGGGUGCCUAGUACGCCCUUGCUGUCUGCUACAAGUG